AUGGCUCUGCCACUAGUCUGGUUCACGCUACUCUCUGCGUUGCUCUAUUUAACAACAAAGGCAGAAUUCUCACCAAACCCCAAAUACCACCUCAAAGUUGGUAUGCUUAUUCCGCGGUAUUCACCCAAACUAAUACCUCUGGAUGGAUACACACGCUCGGCGUCUGCGGUAAUGCUGGCUGUGGAUAGAAUCUCACGCGAAAACCUACUCAACGAUGUGAAUUUCACUUUCCUAUGGAAGUAUGAAGAGUGCAACGAGCAUAAGGCACUGGGCUAUGCGGUCAGCUUGAUUCUCAACGAUAACGUCAGUGCUCUUUUUGGACCACCUUGCAAUGCACCUGCGAUUGAUGUCGGCAUUUUGACUGCUUUUUAUGAUACUCCGAACUUUCUUUGGGGUCCUACGACUGCCGCAGAGCUCAGUGACCUGACGAGAUUCCCGACCGUUGCCACCGUGACGGCAGAUUCAUUCUCCCUUGGUAUAGCUAUGUGCUCCAUUUUGCGGGAAUACAAUUGGACUUCAUUCGCAUUCAUUUAUACGGCCUCAACAUCAAGCACUAGUAACUGUCACUAUCUUCAACAGGAUCUCGAGAGUGCUGUCGCGUUAUUUGGUUCGCUGACGCUGGUCUACAGUCACGUUUUACCACUGAAUGUCCUCAACUUUACGGAUGUUCUCAUGGACUUACGCCAUCGCGCUCGAAUUGUUAUAACGUGCUUCAUAAGAAACGAGCAAAAGACGAUGUUCAUGGAGACUGCCAACAGAAUGGGAAUGGCAACUGCCGAAUACGUCUACAUUUUCCCGGACGUAGACAAUACUGGAUUAGGAAUUGGCGGUUACGAUUUAAGCGACGAUACCGUUUCGCUCAAGGUGUCGGGAUACAAUCAAAGCGUUAUUGACACUUUCAAAUAUGCCAUAUUACUGGAUAAUCACUCUGACCGUAUGACAGUUAAGUUUUCGAAGGAGGUCAUAGACACCAUGAAGGACUAUCCUUUCUACUGUACAACUGAUUGCCCUACUAAUGUUACGGCAGCUCAAUACUCAGGAACUCUUUACGAUGCAAUGUACUUGUAUGGACUAGCGUUAAAUAGGUCGUUAACGGCCGAUCCUGUAAACGGCUGGCGGUCAGGCGUCAAACUGAUUGACCAUGCCAUCGGAACAUUCAAUGGAUCCACUGGAUUAGUUGUUAUCGGCAAAAAUGGCACGAGAUGUCCGAUCUAUUCGUUGGACCUUUUGACACCGAACGGCACGGUAAACACUUACGCAACGAUCAAAGUUGAGGGCAAUGAAUAUGCUUAUUGGGGCUAUGUGGUAGCAGCCACCACGUUCAUUACAGCAGCACUUGUUGCGUUGCUCAUUGGUGCAAUUUAUAUCGCAAGAGAACGAAGAAAAGAAGCUGAACGUGAGAAUGCAAUGUGGCAAAUUCCAUUUUGUAAACUCGGAAAUCCUAACGACCGUGACCAUUCAAAAUCCGAACGAUCUCUCGAGAGCUCUAGCAAGAAUUCGAGACUGGAUUCCGUACAUUCGGCCUGUCAUAGCUUAGAUGGCGAACUGGUUUGGGCGGAGAAGUUCGAUUCCCGUAUUCCACUGAGUAAAGAAAAUUAUGCCGAACUUCGAAUGGUAUUUCCCACAUUUAGAGCUUUAGUGUAUCAUUCGUUGGCUGAAACAUUGGAGAACACGAAGAAUUUUCGAAAUAAUUAG